AAACCCUAAUAAACAAAAACUUAAACCCAAGACUUUCUCUAAGUCAAUUUCUUCUUCUUCCAUUUCCUAUAUUUAAUCCCCUCUCAACUAAUUAUUUUCCAAAAUAAAGCUAACAAAAUCCAACAGAAAUUCAAAACUAAUUCUCUGUCCGAAUAUUCACUUUUCCUCAGAAAUGGGAAAUUCAUGUUUCAAACAAACUCCAAGAGUAAAGCUAAUUUUCUUCGACGGAACGACAGAAUUUUUAUCGGGAAGCAAACACAUCGCCGGAGAGAUUAUGUUCGAAAAUCCGGAUAAAAUAGUUUGCCAUGCAGAUUCGUUCUUCAUCGGUCAUCCUCUUCCAGCUUUAUCGAUCGAUGAUCAUCUUAUUUUAGGGCAAACGUAUUUUAUCUUACCUAUCGAUCGAUUUUCUUGUAAUAAUAUUGUAUCUGCUGCUUCUAUUUCGGCUUUCACUUCGUCUUCUUCAAGCCCUAGACCGGCUCCGAUUAAUUUCGGUGAGUGUCCUUUUCAGUACAUAAAAGAUGACAAUGGCAGGGUUUUGAUAAAAGUGAUUCCUGAAUUUAUUACAAGGCUUAUAUUUAGAGGUAAAGAUGAGAUUUCUAGUAGUAAUAAUUUUCUUUGUAGUACUCCGGAGUUGAAGAAACAUUAUGAUCAGCUUGUUGGGUCUAAAGAUCAAAUUUGGUCACCAAAACUUGAGACUAUUUCUGAGCAUAAAAUUAGGUAUUCUCCUUGUAGAAUAUUAGGGUUGGAGUGGAAACAAAAAGAGAUUUGAUGGGUAAUUUGUACUUUUGUACCUAUCCAUUUUCUUUAAUUUUUCAACUGAUUUAGGGUAGUAUUAAUUGCUAUCCAUAGUACUGUUGAAGUAGAUAUGUAAUUGUAUUUUCCUUUUGUUCCCUUUGAAUUGGUUAUCAAAUUGUACAAAGUUUACUUAUAUUGAGAAAAUUUCUCCA